AUGCUUACGAAAAUUUCUAACUUUUACCGUUUCCCAAUAACGAAACAAAUCAUAAAUUUACCUUUUACAACACAAGUAACGAGGAAUCGCUCUAUAAUUGUUCCAGCAUUUAAACAAUAUCGUUAUAUGAGCAAUGAAGCAAAAAAAGAUAAAUUAAUAGUUUUUGAUACAACUUUACGCGACGGGGAGCAGUCACCGGGUGUAACCUUCAAAGCGGAAGAAAAACUUGAAAUUGCUCGACACCUUUCCAGUCUUGGUGUUGAUGUUAUCGAAGCUGGGUUUCCUAUUGCUUCACAGGGAGAUUUUGAAGCAGUAGCUCGUAUUGCAAGGGAAGUUGGUCCUUCAAUGAAUGGAAGAGAAAAAAUAGGCAAGCCUGUGAUUAUAGCUGGACUGUCUCGUGCUACUGAAAAAGACAUCAAACGUUGUUAUGAUGCUGUAUCACAAGCUCCCUUACACCGAAUUCACACGUUCCUUGCCACGUCAGAUAUACACCUAAAAUAUAAACUAAAGAUUGAUCGUGAGGAAUGUAUAAGGCGCGCCGCUACAGCGGUUGAGUAUGCAAGAUCUCUUUGUAAUGAUGUAGAAUUUAGUAGUGAGGAUUCUGGUAGAAGUGAUAAGGAAUUCCUAUGUCGGGUCUUGGAAAAAGUUAUUGAGGCAGGUGUAACAACGAUUAAUCUACCAGAUACAGUUGGUUAUAAUAACCCAGUUGAAUAUGGAGGAUUAAUCAAGUAUUUGAUCGAGAAUACACGUGGAUCAGAUAAGGUCAUUUGGUCAACUCAUUGUCAUGAUGACUUGGGAUUGGCCACUGCAAAUACUUUAUCUGGUGUCCUAAACGGUGCCAGACAAAUCGAAGUAUCUAUCAAUGGCAUUGGCGAACGUGCUGGCAACACUCCAUUAGAAGAAGUGAUAAUGAAUAUCCACACACAUCCCACUUCUUACCCCGUGUAUCAUACUAUCAAUACACAACAAAUAUAUCGUACUUCUAAUUUAGUUUCAUCUCUUUCUGGAAUGGUGGUGCAACCUAACAAAGCAAUUGUGGGUGCCAAUGCUUUCCUACAUGAAUCUGGUAUUCAUCAAGAUGGUGUAUUGAAGAACAAGCUAACUUAUGAAAUUCUUCGUCCUGAAGACGUUGGUGUUAUAAAUGUAAACUUAGUUUUGGGUAAACUUUCAGGUCGAAACGCGUUUCGUUCGCGAAUUGCAGAAUUAGGAUUUGGUGAUAUGAAUGAAAAAGAAGUUGGCGCAGCCUUUGAAAGUUUUAAAGCUCUUGCCGACACAAAGAAACGUGUUACGGAGCAUGACCUUUUGGCCUUAUUAUCAGAUCAGGUUUCUUCCGGAGCUGUAGUCGGAUCACAACGAUUUAAUUUGCAAUCAAUUCAGGUCGUCUCUGGUACUCAUGAUAUGUCGACUGCAACAGUUAAGUUGCUAGAUGUUCCAGAAAAUAAGGAACUAAUUGAUGCUGCCAUUGGACGUUCUGGACCAAUUAUGGCAGUAUUUGGAGCCAUCCAACGCUUAAUACAACGAAAAAUACGUUUAUUGCAUUAUGAAGUUCGUGCCGUUUCAGAGGGAAUGGAUGCUUUGGGAAAAGUUAUUGUUAAGAUUACCGAAGAUGUUGAUAUUUCUUUAGCAGAUAAUGGCUCUCCCGAAGUUGAGACUCCAAUUGAUUCAAGAGUACUGACUAAAAGUACAUAUCAUGGUCAUGGUACGGAUGUAGAUAUAGUUACAGCAAGUGCAAAGGCUUAUAUAAAUGCAAUUAACAGGUUGAUUGAAGAGGAACAAUAUUCUAAAACUGGAUUAGGGAGAAGUUUGUUGCCUGAGAGACGUGCAGAAAUAUAA